AGAGAGUUGAAAGAUUAAAAAAGAAGAAAGAACAGGAGGUUGUUGCAGAGAAGAGAAAAGACAGCAGGUCUGCAGUUGAAAAAUGGAAUGAGAAAAAAGAAGAAUUCAUGAAGCAAAAGAAAAAAGAAAAACUCCAGGAAAGAAAAAAAGAAGUAGAACAACAGGUUGAGAAAGAAGAACAGGAUAAAAGAGCUCUAGAUGAAUAUAAAAAAUGGCUGGAAAAGAAAGAGAUGGACGAAAGUAUACAAAAAAAACAAAAGAAACUUCAGGUUAUUCUUGAAGAUGAAACUCCACCUCCAUGGAGUCCACCUGGCAAAGCUUUGUCCUCAAGAAGCUAUUAAGAUGCCCAGUGCCAUGAGGGAAGUUGAACUUUUUGCCAUCACUUAAUCAUUAUUGCACAACACCUGAUUUUAACAUGAAUUGAAAUUGGCUCUUGCAUAUUUUCUGUAUGAAUGGUGAUUUGGAUCGUCAGUAUAUACCAUAUGUUAUAAAUGAGUGCUUCUCUGCACAUAAGAUUAAGUGACAAAAUUGUAUGAAUAGACCCUCAGCUGCCAACUAUGACAAAUGCUCUCAACAUUAUUAAGUGGCUGGGUAAGCCAGUUAGACUCAUUUAAAAUCAACUCAUUUCUACAUAAACAGUUGAAUGUUAGAAAUAAAUAUUUUUGAGGUAGCCAACAUAAGGCUGCUUUGAUGAAAAUGAAUGGUGGGCACAUGAGACCCUCUUUAAGGGUGGGUUUUGUUUUUUCCAACCACAAUUGCCAAAAAUCGAUGCAAUGGCUUCCUACCUUUUUCAGAUGGAGAACUCAUGAA